AUGUGUCGUUCCUGGUUAUCGGGGAACUGUCUGAAGAAUGAUAGAUGCACGCAUGCACAUGGAGAGGUGGAACUGCUGCUGUAUAGACACCGCGCGCUGCAACUCGGACGCCGUGAUUUCUUUGAUGAAAGAGAAGCAGCAAGAGGAGCAAAUACGCAAAGGUGGAGCAGUAGACAAACCCAAAAGGGAUUCCUUACCUCUUCAGCAACAGGGGAGAGGGCUCGAGGAGGGUCGAACGCGCACAAGACACAGCAGCAGCAGCAGCAGCUGCUGCUGCAAUGCAGCAGCGCAGGGGUAGAGGGGGCCCCCUUAGGGGGAGGGGCCCCACGGGGCGCGGUCCCAGGUGCACGCACGAGACAGAGCAACCGGAACAACAGCAAACGUAACCAGCAGCAGCAGCAGCAGCAGCAGGAAAAGCUGCCUGUGACAUCCGCUACUACCCCCCAAGGUGCCGCUGCGGAGACAGCAAUUCUAUUGCAGCUUGCCGCGCAGCUGCAGGCCUUAGCUGUCUCACAGCAGAGCAGGGGCGAGGGCGCCCCUUGA